ACUUUUUUGUCUAUGAAUGACGGCAUAGUGAGGUGAAGUUCUACUGCAAUUUCCGAAUUUCCAAAUCGCAUAUUCUUGUAUUAUAUACAGUAGUGUCGUGUAUAAGAGAUUUAUUUAUGCUUACUUAUUCAAUAUUCAAUCGAACGUUGAAUCUUCGAUAUUGUUUUGGUUUCCAUUUAAAACAGCACUUAAAUAAUUGUUAAAAUGCUACAACCAAAAGAUAGUUUUGAUAUGAAAUCAUGUCGUAUAUGUUUGACAACUAAGAAACCUUUAUGUCCUCUCUUCAAAUAUAAAUUGUCAGGAAAUUAUGCAGAAAUGUUAACAGCAGUCGCUGAUGUAAAGGUUGUAGCAAAUGAUGGACUACCUGAGUGCAUAUGUCACAAAUGUUGUUCAGCAUUGGAAAAGGCAUAUAUGCUUAAAACUGUUGCAGAAAGAUCAGACAAGAAGCUUAGAAAGAUACUUGCAAGAAUAAAUUCACAAGCACCAACAAAGAAAAUAGCUUUUGAUUCUUUUACCGACAUCAAAAGUGAAAUUGGACCACUUGCAGUCAAAUCUGAGCCAAAGUGGGAAAUGGAAAUUGAUAUGAAAUACAAUGACAAUUCCACUAAACCUAUAGAAACUAUAGAUAUGAAGGAUAUAGUUAUAGCAAACACAGUGAUUAGAAAAGUGGAUGCAAAUACUGAAGAAACAAAAACUAAUAUAGAUGAUCAAGUAGAUUUAACAUGGCGGUCAACAAAAGUAUCUUCUGAUCCUGUUGUUGAUCUUGAUGCCGAAUAUCUUGAUGAUGAUAUCUUCCAGGAUGACGACGAUGAUGCUGAUUAUAUACCUCCUACUGAAAAGCAAAAAAAUAAAUUUAAAAAACCAAAAUUAUCUGAUAUUAAAGUUUUUAAAGGUAAAAAGCCAAUUGUGAGAAAAGUAAAAGUACUAAAAAGUUUUAGAGAUGAAUUUGAAAAUGUUUCUAAUAGAGCUAGCAAGACUAGCAGUGAUUCUAAAUCAAAGUCAACUACAAUGAUAACAUGUUAUCCAAUCAUGAAAAAUGGUUCAAGAGGCCCACCCAUACUUUUGAAGAGACCAAAAGAUGCUACUAUAUUAAAAGUUCAUGCAAAUUAUAAAGUGAGGAAUUCCACUUCAGAUGAUACAAGUAAAACUGUGCGUCGAGAUAAACCAAUUAGGAUGGUGAGGUCCGCAAAACCCAUAGUGAAACAAAGAGAAAAGAUGGUUUGUCCUAUUUGUGGAAUACUUACGUUUACACUUGGCAACCAUAUAUCCACACAUCAAGAGAAAAAGAGGUAUUCAUGUACCCAGUGCUCUAGAACAUUUGCUCAAAAAGGGAAUUUGCUAGUCCAUAUGAAACAACAUACAGGAAUAAAAGAUCAUAUCUGUGAAGUUUGUGGUGCUGGCUUCUAUUCCCAGAAGUCUUUGGUUAGACAUAAUCUUAUUCAUAAAGGAGAGAGACCUUUCCCAUGUAAUCUCUGCACUAAGAAAUUUAUAGCUGCUGCACCGUUGCGACGCCAUAUGUUGAUACACACAGGAGAAAAAAAAUUCAGUUGUGGGUACUGUGCUAGAGAAUUUAGACAAAGUCACCACCUACAAAAUCAUGUGCUCAUCCAUACUGGUGCUAAGCCUUUUUCUUGCGAGGUGUGCAACGUAGCUUUCAGUUAUAAAGUCAAUUUGAAUAACCAUGUAUUUAAAGUUCAUGGUAUAAAUUUGAAAUUUAAAUCUAUUCACACUGUCACUGAAGAAGUGUUACGGCGUGAAAUGGGUUUAGUGAACGAAACUCGUGAAGCUAUUUCACACAUCAUGCCCCAACUAAGCGAAGCUCCAACGCCCGCCGCUCACGAGACUGUCUCCCAUCACGGCACUGAUUAUACAGUUUAAUUUAUAAAUGGCCAAAAUGUUGUUUAAAUGUAUCAAAAUUAAAACUGUCUUUCAUGAAAUUACGUUCUAUGUAUUUUGAGUUAAAAAGUAUUGUUUCUGGUCAUUAUUGUUUUUAAAUUUGUUACAUACAAUGUAAGUUAGUUUCUAUAUUAAACAGUAAAUAAUA